GUGUCGAAAGAGCAGAAAAGCAUUGGUGUUAUUUCGUCCAUUACUCAGAGUCUCCAUCUCGCGGUGAGAGAGGAAGUCAAGAGACGACGACGAAGAUCAGCCGUGAUGAAUGCUCCACCGACUUUUGAAAGCUUCUUGCUCUACGACGGAGAAAAGAAAAUUAUUAUCGAGAAAGACACGAAAGUACCGAAUGCUGCUAUUUUCACAGUCAACAAAGAAGACCACACUCUUGGCAACUUAAUAACAACCCAACUAUUGAAGGAUCCGCACAUUCUCUUCGCUGGCUACAAGAUCCCCCACCCGUUGGAACACAAGUUCAUCCUCCGCAUCCAAACCACCCCAGACUACACGCCACAGGAGGCUUUCACCAACGCCAUCACCGAUCUGCUCAGCGAGUUCUCUUUGCUGCAAGAAAGAUUCAAGGAAGCAGUUCAAGAGAAACAGGAGGCAGAAUAGAACCUUGGGGCUCACCAUCUCUCAUCUCACCACAUGAA